AUGGCCUGUUGUCAAGCUUUUCAAAAGCGUGCUAGAUUAGCAUGUUUAAAAUUAAGACCAACAUGCUCAACUUUAUGUUUGCCCUCCAUAACAAAACUGUUAUGUUACUUUACCAUUAUACCCCUUAUAUUUUUUUUUUACUACUCAAUUUUAGAAAAGUAUUUUGAUAAAUUAUCACUUACUACUGAACCUCCUUACCAUCAAUAUACUACAGACUUAAACUCUAGAUGGAAACCUAGUCUACCCUCAAAUUUAACUGUAGUUUCUAUAAUUAAAAAUAAUGACAAUGUUGAAUUACAAUUGAACUCUAUAUUUAGUCAAACAAUUAUGCCACAAGGCAUGAUUAUAAUUGCCUCCAAAAAUACAGCUAAAAAAGUCAAACAUGUCAUUAAAGAGAAUGAUAAAUACAGUGGUUUUGAUGUAUGGAUACAUGUUAUGGAAACAAACAAAUUUAGAAUCAUUGAGCAUCCUUAUGCAGGAUUUGUACAUGGGAACAUGUAUGCAUGUAAUAUUUUAGGAUUAGACCACAAUGGAGUUCACACUAAGAUAGUUAGCCUUGACUGGGCAGGUUGUGAAACGGCUAUAAAGAUAUAA